AUGGAGGAUGCGGGCCGGCAGCUCUCGCCCCGCGAGCGUACCGAUCCUGCUGUUCAGACCGCUGUCACCGAGGCCGUAGAUGCGAUAUUUGCGGCCGGAGUCGAACAUGGCGACCUCGAAUGGCGGCACAUCCGUGUCAAGGAGGGCGGGGCGAGCAUUAUGGUGAUUGACUUCGACAAGUCUGGCGUCCUGGACGAAAAUCACGCCUCAGACAGCAAAACCGAGUACCGCGACGAGAUACUAGCCGAGCUGUUCGCCUCUGCUCCACCUUAG